AUGGGUGCUGUUCCGUCGAAGCAAGAUAGCACGUCGCCUGCGACCGAGCCUAUCGACAAGGUCGAUCUCGGCAACACGCUGGCCAAGAAACUGAGCGAGGCGACGCCCGACCCCAAGGCGCCGACGCCGGAUGCCAAGCGCCAGGAGACGCUCGACUCUGCGAUCCAGGACAAGAUCCACGAGGAGCUCAGUAAGCUGCGUAAGCAGGAGCAGGAGAUGCAGAAGAAGAUCGAGCUCGCCCUCGAGAAGGAAAACAUCGAGCGCCAGGGCAAGCCUUGGUUCGGCAACGACAAGGGCCAGAGCAGCGAGCUGCUGCAGCAGGAGCUUGACCGCGUCAAGUCGCAGAUCGAAAAGUACUACAAGCGUGACCUGAACUCGUUCCCGAGCCUGAAGGAGGCCCGCGACAAGGUCAUUGCGUGCUACCGCGCCGACAACAACCGGACGCUCGACUGCUGGCGCGAGGUCGAUGCUUUCAAGCAGGCAAUCAAGGGCGCGGAGAAGGAGCUGAUGGCCGCGUGGAACGAUGCGCACGAGGGUACGUGGCUCGAUGCGGAGGAGCAAUGA